AUGCAUUUCGCAACUAACAUUUUCGCAUAUAACCGCGUGAAAUUUCACCUGUUUUAGACGAUUUUUUCUCAGAAUUUUUCGUCCAGUAUUUUCUUGGAAUCAGAUUUUAAGCAAAGUGAAACAAUCGCUAAAGUGUGUGAUUAACUAAUAAUUAAUUGGAAUCGUUGAUACCGGCACAGUGUUUUUUGAUCAUAAUUUUGUUGUUGAAAAUGCAAGUAUAAACAUUGGACCCGAUCGAUUAAAAACAAACUUUAUUAGUGACUCAGUUUUUACGAACUUUCUACUUUAAAAUUCCUUCUUCGGUUGAUAAAAUAUCAAAAAAAAGCUUUUCAAAGGAAAAAUAUUUGGUUGGUGCGAUAAGGUAUAAACUCUAUAUGCUUAUGCAUACGGUUAGUGCAAAAACAUUUAUUGCCUCACCUAACGUGAGCGCCAUCUGUUCAAUUUGAACAUGAAAACAAACAAAUUGAUCCAUACAGAGUUAUAAUACAACAACAUCUCUAUAUAGACGAAACGCUGUGGUUCGUUUUGUUCGGCAUAUUUUUUAUACACUGCCUUCAUUUCCACCGAUUCAUAUAUCGGUUGGCAGCUGGAGUCACUUUGUUUGUUUUCAUGUUCACACCGAAUAGAUGGCGUUUGCGUUAGGGAGAGCAAUAAAUGCUUUUGCACUAAAGGUAUGUGCUUAUGUGUCAUGCGAGUUAUCGCAAGCGUGUUAGUAUUACAGCCAACCGCACCAAUCUUGCUCGAAUCUAUAUGAGUACUCUCGAGCUUUUCACGAAUCUUUUUAGUGGAUCUGCAAAUCACAUAGAAACAAUCUAUUGAAAAUGGAAUUGAUAUAAUUUUGACGUGUCAGUUACUCACAACUGACUUGUAGAUCUGCAAAAAAAAAAUCGGUGCCACGACUCGUAGCGAAUAGUUUGAGAAUUUCUAUAAAUUUUUACGAGUCUACAUCGGAAUUAUGUGCAUAUUGUCUGACUCGCGAUGACAAGUUGGCCCCUAAUAAUCUUCCUUCUCUUUUCAUCAAGUUGAACUAGCAUCAUAAACAUUUCUUAGAAAAUCGUUUCAGAAUUCAAUGAUUACGUCAUUUUCGUGUAAGUACUUCAUAUCUUUCAUUACGUAUAACUUAUGAUUGCGUAUCCAUUUGUGUAGUCCGACAUCCAGUCAACAUAGAACUUUUGGACGAACAUGUUUUCUUCUACUUUUGUAGUGCUGUAAAGGUCGUUGAAAGGGUGACAAAGUUGUUUUCAUCAGUGUUUCAGUACUGAAAGGAUUUGUUUAUUUAUUCAUUGAAGCUGCAUUUGUAGUUGCCGCAUGAUGUGUCACAAAACAGUUUCCACGUAAAAUGGAGUGAUGUGUUUAGAAACGAUCGCAGAAAUAUGAAAUCGUUUUAAUUUUGAGAUUGAAACGAAUUGAAAACAGCAACAAAAGAAAGAGUAGAAAAAAAAAAUAAUGAGUUGAAUCUAAGUAACUUUCAACGAAACUAUUAUAGUCACAUUUGCUGGUGGUUUGCAUUUCAAUGGCAUGUGUUGUACAGGGAAUGUCAUACCAUUUCAAUAUAUAUGUAUACAUAUAUAUGACAUGGGAGAACAGCAACAAAAUCAACCGCAAGAUGAAAUUACAUGAAAUGGAAACUGUAAUGUUUCGAACAAGAGCGCAAAAUAUGUAUAUCAGUUGUGUUUUUUUCUUCAUUAUUUUAAAACAAUUGAAAUAUCGACAGCGAUUGUCAAGCCAUAGUUGUUGAUAUCUAAUCUCAUUUUGGUUUAGCAUAGAAAUUUGUCGGCAAUGUGUGCUUGUGCGAGGAGCGACGAGAGAGCGAGAGAGAGAGUGUAUUAUUUGAAUAAGAGCGCGCGCGAUCGCUUUCCAUAAAACCAAAUCCAUUAGUGAGAAUGUGUAUCCGUUUCGGCUUGGUGACACUUGGAAUUGGAACGGUGUUUGAAAUUCCUAAAAAAUUCAUUGUCCAACACACGUGAUUGGCGAAUUACCGAAUACUGCGGAUAGUGGCGUGGUUUGAAUACGAAAUCGAUCGAAUUAUUCAUUUCCAUAAAUUCAGUGAAAUCUUUGGAUUUUUUGGCCGAUGUGACGUAAUUCUUGUCGAUUGAGAUAACAAUCUACUACAAUCGAUUGCAAAUAUUUCUCCUUUGAUCGCAUCAGUCUUAUCAUAAGCGCAAACAUUUUAAUACCGCGGUGGCUUUUAUCAAUUAUCGCACGUUAUCAGGCAUUAUGACGAACACAAUAAAAAAACAACACCACCAAAUUACAUUUUAUGUGCCCAGUUUUGUCACACAUCUGGCUGGAACAGAGACAAAGAAGAAUAACAACAAUAAAAAAGCAGUUCGAAAAAGAUGUUCCGCAUGCGCGUUCCGUGAUUGCUUGCUCAAGUGUGAGCUGACGCGCGCACACACGAGCAUUCCUAUCGAAUAUUUUAUUCAAAUUGGCAAUAUUUUUUUCUUCGCUUCGAUUAUUAAGAUGUUUCGGUUCGAUUGCGUGUCAACAAUUAAUUGCCUUUUGAACAUUACAUAGCGUUUAUCAUUAAAAUUUGUGCGUGUGUGACAUUUGUCUGUAAAGUAAGAAAAAAAGAGAGAAAAAAAGCAUUCCAAAUUGAAUAUAGCCAUUGAAAGUUUCCCGUUCAUUUUCAUCAUUUGUUUUUAUCGUGUCUCGCGUCAUAGGAUAAAAUAAUCUGAACAUUUCUCUCAAAAAUAGCACACCAUUUUGUUUUUAAAUGUUCAGUUUGGAUUUGUUAUUUUAUGUAUCUUUUUCGUGUAAUUGAAAUAUAAAUCGCGUCGACACAAGAACAGUGUGCGACAAGAGCAACAAAAAAUAAGAUGUGCAAUUAAUGUAUUUGAGUUCAGUUGGCUGUUUUUAGUCAGUUGUUUUGAGUUUUAUUUUGAUUCGACUUCGGCUUCGACGGUGUUUGUGUGUGUGUACUUUUUUCUAUUAAAAACAUCAAAACAACGUGUUGGACGUUAGUCAGAUGCGAAUUGUGUGCAUCGUUCAUUGAAAGAUUGAGAGAGAGAGAGAGAGAGAGAGAGAGAGAGAGCUAGAGAAUGUAUUGGCGCUCACAAGGGGCUUUGUGACGACGAUGACGACAACGGCUGUGGCAUCGGCGGCGACAAUGGUGAUUUAAGACAAAUAUUAGGCGUCCAAGACACAAGAUACAGCGACACAUUUCAUUUGCAAAUAUCUAGAAUCGCACACUCGAUACAUUUUCACCAUUUCAAUACAUGAUCCAAUAGAUUCUCUGUCGAAAUAGAAGCGAUUCACGCGAUUUUCACGCGAAAACAUUUUGUUUGAUUUAUUAUGGAUGUUUUAGUUUUGGUGAGGCGAUGCGAACAUGUUUAUUUAGUUUAGUAGUUGUCAAUGUUUUUUCUCUCUCUCGUGGUCGUCGUCGUCGUCACCGUCGUGUUGUUCGUCAGCAACAUGCGCUCGCUUGAUACAUGACGAGUGAUCGGUUCUCUCGUUUUUUUUUUUGGCUUUGAUCACUGUCGCUUACUCUUUCAUUUGUUCGUUUGUAUGAUCGAUAAGUGCGAACAGCAUGCUCUUACGCGCUCUUAUUCACUGUUCUGCUCUGCUCAUUUGACUGCUGCUCGUAACUUCGGCCAUUCAUUCGGAUCUUUGUCGCAAGUUGCUUGUUAAUGUGAUCAUUUUGUGAUUGUUGUUAUUAUUAUUGUUGUUGUUGUUGUUGUUGUUAUCAACACAUAUCUCGUGUAUUGUGUGUGAGAUGAAUGUAUGUUUUUUUUAUUUCGUCUUUCCUUUUUUAUUCGGUAUUGUACACUAUGCUGAUGUUCGUAUACAUACAUACAGAUUUGUGUGCUUUAUAUCUCGUUCUUUCCCCACGUUCGUUCGCUAGCCCGCCCGCUUGUUGCCUCAUUUGCACAUUUUUAUUUCAAUUUUGUUGGUAUGUUUUUUUUCUUCUUCACACUCUCAGCUAUUCGCUCUCGCGAGCUAUUCGUGUGUCUCGUUCUCAUUUCUGUGCAAUCUCGACCGGCCGUCUUUGUCUCGUUUAUUCCCUUCUUCUUCUUUUUUUUCUUCUUCUUGUUGCUGUUAUUCUCUCAUUUUCAUUUCAUUUGUCACUUAAAUUUUCGGUUCGUCGUAUUCUUGAUCGCCAAACAGUUUAGUGUCUUGUUGACUGUCAUGCCAAAGAGUUUUAAGUACAAAAUUGGCCUUCAAUUUACGCAACGAUCUACAUAUACAUGAGAGUAUGUCUCUCGAUGUGUGGAAUGUCAUUGAUUUUAUUUUUCGAGAGAGCGAGACAGAGUGAGAGAGAAGAAGAGCGCACUGCCAAACUGUGGCGCAUACAAUUAACUGCGACAACAACCACACUCAGUCCGCUUCAUCUCGUAUCUAGUGCGAUAGUGACGGUUUUGUGUGUGCGCGCGAAACACAUUCGAUCACAACUAGCGAAAAGAGAAGAAACAAAGUCAACACACGAAACAUACAACAAGGAACUACAGGCGAACGAAAGUAAAAGAAUGAAGAAAAAAAACCACCACACAAAUGAAAAAAAAAACAGUGACAGUGUUCUCCUCGGAUGAAGAAUGAAAAAGCAAGAGAUGAACCGUGCAAACACAGAAACGGCAAAGCCGAAAGAAAAUACACAAAAAAGCUAAAAAGAAUUUCAGCCAUUUCGGCUUGGUGUGACUUCCUUUUUCUUCCCAUAAUUAUUGCUAUUUUUAACGACGAAACACAACAAAUCCAAUAUAUACAUCACAAAUAAUCAGCGAAAAGCGCGUCAAAGGCAACAAAAUGAACACAGGCAGUGACUACGCGAAAAAAGCGAUUGUGAUGAAUCAAUAAGGAUAAAUCAAUUACGUAAAUGUGAAAUGUAUUUUGUGUCAAGAAAGACGAAAAAAGAAUCACACACACACACCUACAAACACACUGUGAAUAAAUGCUAUGUUCGUACGAUCAGACGCUUUAUGCAGUUUAUUAUUUAUUUAUGAAAACAAAACGAAAACUUUGAACACAAGAUACCAACAGAAAAAGAAAAAUAGCUGAAUAGCAAAUAAAACCGAAUUCGACGAGGGUAAAUGCUAAAAAAUGCAUCAAGUUUUCAUUUCAAAAGAUAUGCAAAUGUUUGUGCUGAUGAACAUUGGUGGAAAAUUCGGCGAUCAUUUCAUGCUGUUGCUGUUUUUGUGUUUUGUUCAUUGAAAUGGCUGAAUUUUCCAGUUAAGUUAGUGUAUACGAAGUGGAUGUGCUUAUUAUUUCACACAUUGUUGCAAACGAAAAGUGCACACAAACCGUUGUGAUCUGAAGAUGUUUCAUGUUUAUUUAGCUGUGACGUUGACCGUUGAAAAAAUAUCUAAACAGAUUUUUCGGUUGGGAUUUUUGUUUUGGCUGUGUUGCGCGCUGUUCUUUUUCGAACCGCCCAGCGUGUGAGAAAAAGCCAUUGUAUAAAUAAUAAUUUUUUUUCAUUCAACUAUUUCAAGAUGCAUGUCUCAUGCCAUUGGUAUUGACUACUGAGUCACAUCAAAACCAUGUGUUUUCCUCUCGCUUGCGUUCAAAACUCACAAUCUUUCGCUCAAUUUCUCGUCCUAUUUAUCUAAAGAUGAUUAAUUAUCAAAAAAUAAACGAGAGGGGAGGAGGGAGAGAAAGAACAUUGUCAAAUUUCGAGAAAAAUGGUUGACCAGUACAUUAAAUUUGAUUGCACAUAAGCAUAGCAACAGAUCAAAGCGCUUAGAGAGUUGUGCGCUUUUAUGUGAAGAAAUAAAAUGUAUUUCCAAUCAUGACAAAAUAAAACACACAUACAAAUAAAUUUGCAAAUACACACCUACUCAAAACUGUCGUCUAUAUAAACCUAUACAUUUAUUCCCACAACAUCGUCGAAAUGUAAUUGUAAUAAUAGUAAUUUAGUUGUGCGUUAGCUCAGAAUAUUGCUUCAACGGCACUUUUUCGGACACACUCUGCUCGAUUGCAAAAGAUAUGUGUGUGACUUUCAUCGAUAUCGAGUGAAAAGAGCAGCGAACUGCAAUUUUAAAUAUGAACGCAUGGGAAAAAGUAGCUACAUACAAGAGAUAGAAUUAACAUGCCAACAAUAACUGAUCUAAUUUACCCAAAAAGAAUUUCUGUUUUCUCUCAACGAUCAUUUGCCAUAUUUUGUUUGCUCAUUAUUGAUCACCGUUGCUAUUUUGUCUCAAUCUCUAUCGCAUUGCAUGACGUCGAUUUGCGUAAUCGAUCAUCGACAACAAUCUGUUGACUUCAAAAAUAACAUGGUUUUGUGUGAACGUUCGAUAACCAAUCAACGUUUUGUACAUUUACAUCAUGCAGACAUUUUGUCACCGACCGACCGACCGAACGACCAAAUUUUAUCUCUCUUUUUUCUCAAUAUUUGAAGGAAGUGGUUUUCUGUCCAUACUCGAGCCCUCUCAUAUCAUACACAUAAAAUCACCCACUUGUGUGUGUGUGUUGGCUCUCGCGAAAACACUCAAAUUCAUUGACGAGUGUGAAUGCAAAUAAAUGAUCUGAGAUAUCGGGCGAAAAUAUUGCGUUGAAUUUUAAACACGGCUGCUAAAUGGAACGUGUUUGUUUUCGUCUGUUCUCAAACAACUGCCAAUUUCACUGGUUUCAAAUGCCUUAAUCCAUAUUCAAAAACACAUCAUUGUUCUAUUCUUUGUUUGUUGUUGUUUUUGAUGGAUCGAGAGCGAGAAGAAGCGUCGGCGGUAUCGUGACCGAUAGUAUGACACUCUUAGUUGCCUAAAAAAAGUUGCGUUUUCGUUGAGGAAAAAGAGCAAAAAAAUUCGUAUUGAGGGCAACGAAUUCAUUAACUUUUCGUCUUGAAGUGAAUUUUUUUUAUUCGAAACAUGAACUUUUUCGAAAAAUUACUUCAAUCGAAGCUGUUUGCCGCUUAAACGAAAGGAUUAAUUUAUAAGCUUCAAUUGAGAGUUGUCGCGAAUACUUUCAACAAGUGAAAUUCAUUUGACGUAACAAUGGGAUAUCAACAGCGAUUUAUUGGUCUCACUUGAACAGAUAUUGCAAUCAACCCUCAAAGGGCUUUCGAUCGCUAUUCUCGUCGAUUAGCUAUUUUAAUUCGAACUCUAUAAAUGGUUGAAAUUCCAAAUCAACAAAUAUUUAUUGCACAAUAUUAUGGGCUUUGAUCGGUUGUGCUGUCCAAUUGACCAAUGGUUUUUGAUUGACGUCAUCUUCUAACAAAAGAUCAGCUGGUAAUGGUCUAGUCAUUUAUUUAUUGUUAUUGAAACAAUGCACAGCAUUAGCUAGGUCUAAUUAUUAUAUGGCACAAGAUAAACAAAAAAUACGAUAACAAACACACAACGCAUACGCACACACACGAUGUGAUGCUAUGAGCCAUACUUUAUUUUCUGAUUCGGACCAUAUCAAUUUUUGCGUUGAUUCGGUGCAUAUCGAUAAAUUCGCUCAAAUGAAUCAUCCGCAAGGCAAAUUGUUGAGAUAUAUUUUCGGAGUUGAUUUGUUCUUUGGUUUCGUAGUCAAGCGGCUGAUGUUAAUGUUGUUGGUGUCGAGCGAAUGUUGUUGUUGUUGAAUUCAGAUAAGUGUAGACAUAGUUUGUACGCAAAUUUCCUUCACUUUAUUUUGGAAAAACAAAGGUCGACACUUCAGUGAAACGAGAGAAAAAAAAAUGGCGUGCCCUCACGUGAACUCUUUAGUUUAUUUCAAGUGUGUUGGAUGGGUGUGUGUGUGUGUGUGUGUGUGUGUGUGCAAUGAACGCGGCGCUGUAUGGCGUUUGCGACAUAAAGUUGCGGCUGCGUUAUUGAAAUUAGCCUAGCUCAGUUGUUUUUUUCUCUCUCUUUAAACACAUGUUUUUUAUUGAUAUUUGUUCGUUUGAGAACGUUUCAGAUCCAAGGACGGUAUUUCGAAUGUUCUUUUUUUCUGUACUGAACAUUUCGUUCAUUGGCUGAUUUCAAACGACGAAUAAAAUGUAUUACGUUUCGGGCAAAAGAAGAGAAAAAAACUUGUUCUCAUCGAUGAUUUCGAAAAAUUCUUCUCUCACACUCAGACCAUAGCUCAGACCAUAUUUUGUGUGUGUGUGUGUUUCUUUUUUCUUCUUCGUCUGUGUUGCAAAUUUAUGCAUAAAAAAUUUUCAAAUUCAACGUGGAUGUUUUUUUGCAGCACACACGAACACAGACAUACACCAAGCCCAAAGCCAAUAUUUAAACGGUGUUUCAAAAUUAAAAUAAUCCACAUUGCGGCAAUAAUUUCGCCGAGAAAUAAAUUAGCACAUCCAUUUCCAUGCACAUUUUCAUUUCGAUUCGAUCCAAUUUGUAGUUUUCUUUGCUGUUGUUGCUUCUGCUGAUUUGAAUGUGAAAACAAAAUUCUCAUUGACACUGAAUAGACGAAAUAAGACAAAAGAGAGAAAAAAAAAUUAGAAGAAUAAAGUGAACACAAAACCGAUGUGUACAUAAAUAAUUUGAUGGACAAGUGAUUUCCGGUGACCCAAAUUUGAAUGAUGAUGUUAAUUGAAAAAAAUUGAGUGAAACACCAAGAAAUAUCUACAUAUAAGUGAAAAGAUGUGGUUUCGUCCACGCAGCCAGCCAAAUCAUGAGACGACGGAUCGAUCUCGAGUGGCAAGUAUACGAAACCGCAUUCGAUCGAAGAAAUCAGUAUCGAAAAAUGAGGCAGCCAUCAACAGUAAUCAAGAUACCAAUGAAUUGAAUGUUAGCAUAACGAAGCCAAUAACAGCCACAUCGAAUCGCAUCCGUGAUAUCGCCGCUGCGGCUGCUGAUGGCAGUGGUUAUGUACUACGAUCUCAAUCGGGCCGUCGAUUAUCAUUGCUGUGCAGCGAUGACGAUGACAGUGCAAAGGAUAAAAAUAAAAUGCUACGCGUUGAUCAAAAGUACAAGAAAAAUCGUGUCACAAAAAGUUCAUCGCGAAACAAAGUGGUGCCCGAAAUUAAGAUUGAAAAGCAAAAUUCGAGUAAAAAUUUAUUAAAUCCUGCGUUAAGUAUGCAACGAAAAGUGUCAUCAACACCGAUUCUCGAACCGGUCACAACACCGGCCAAAGUGAAAACAACACGGCGAAAUACCACAUUAAAUUUGAAUGCAUUGCUGCGCUACAAAUCGUUCAUUAGUGGAUCAACGAAAAAGCUCACAUCCGAUGAUUUCGAUCGAUUGCGUCGGAAAUCGCUUGGUGACACGGGCAAAAUACGACGCAAAUCCAAUCCAGAUGCGGAUAAAAAAGAUGAAGAAGAUGUAGAUGGUGUUGUUGUUGAGAGUAAAAACGAUGAUUUACAAACCUCACCAUCAUUUCAAUCGGAUAAAUUACUGAGUGAUGAUGAUGAUUUUCAAUCGUGUUCCGAAGAUCAAGUUGACUUUCAAAUGCGGCACUCAUUAAACAUACCUGAUAAAGGAUACAACAUUUCAAGUACAACCACCGCUAAAAAGACAAAAACUAAAAAUAAGAAAAAAGGUGUUUCUCUUUUAAAUGCAAAUAAAAAUUAAUCCGGUGGUUUUUUCUCUUUCUGCAGAUCGUCCUUCACAGGCAUCAGUGGUGCGUCAGCCAUCUGAUCGUCGAU